AGUGCCCAGGGAUGGCAAGCUCAGAAGAAUUGGAUUAGCAGACUCUGGAUCGCACAAAAUUUAUCUUAGCUGCGAGACAAGAUCUUCUGAUGGAAAUAAAACAAGUAUUUGACAUGAUUAUUACCCUGGAAAGCAGACUGGGAUCUCAGUAUCUGCUGCUCUCGCUUCUGCUCCUUACAGCGUGGGAGGAGGGCAGCGGCCAGGUUCAUUACUCGGUCCCGGAGGAGGCCAAACACGGUACCUUCGUGGGCCGCAUCGCCCAGGAUUUGGGGCUGGAGCUGGCAGAGCUGGUGCCACGCCUGUUCCGGGUGGCGUCCAAAGGCCACGGGGACCUUCUGGAGGUAAAUCUACAGAAUGGCAUUUUGUUUGUGAAUUCUCGGAUCGAUCGGGAGAAGCUGUGCGGGCGGAGCGCGGAGUGUAGCAUCCACCUGGAGGUGAUCGUGGACAGGCCGCUGCAGGUUUUCCAUGUGGAGGUGGAGGUGAAGGACAUUAACGACAACGCGCCAGUGUUUCGUUUAAAGGAACAAAGAGUGCUGAUUUACGAAUCAAGACUGCCAGAUUCUCUGUUUCCACUAGAGGGCGCGUCAGAUGAGGAUGUUGGCUCGAAUUCCCACUUAACCUAUAAACUCAGCUCCAGCGAAUACUUCGCCUUAGAUGUGAAAACCAACAGUGAGGACAAUACACAAAUUGGGCUCGUGUUAAGGAAAUCCUUGGACAGAGAGGAAGCUCCUGAACAUAACUUACUGCUGACAGCCACUGACGAAGGCACACCUGAGCUCACUGGCUCUGUUCAGCUGCUGGUCACUGUGCUGGACGUGAAUGACAAUGCUCCCACUUUCGAACAGACUGAAUAUGAAGUAAGGAUCUUCGAAAACUCUGGCAACGCAACAACAGUCAUCAGACUGAAUGCUUCUGAUCGGGAUGAAGGAGUGAAUGGGGAAAUUUCAUACUCUUUAAAUAGUCUUGUUCCAACCACGGUUAGAGACCAGUUUAGAAUAGAUCCAAAUACUGGAGAAAUAGUAACUAAAGGGAAUUUAGAUUUUGAAAAAUUAAAUUUAUACAAAAUUCGUGUUGACGCGACGGAUAAAGGUCACCCACCCAUGGCUGGACAUUGCACUGUUUUGUUGAAGGUUUUGGAUAAAAAUGAUAACAUCCCUCAGAUUUCAUUGACUUCCUUAUCCUUGCCUAUCCGAGAGGACGCUCAAUCAGGUACUGUUAUUGCCCUAAUUAGCGUGUCAGAUCUCGACAUAGGUGCCAACGGGCAAGUGACCUGCUCACUAACACCCCAUGUCCCCUUCAAGCUGGUGUCCACCUUCAAGAACUACUAUUCGCUGGUGCUGGACAGCACCUUGGACCGCGAGAGCGUGUCCAACUAUGAGCUGGUGGUGACAGCACGGGACGGAGGAUCGCCUCCGCUCUCCGCCACCGCCAGCGUGUCCGUGGAAGUGGCGGACGUGAACGACAACGCGCCGGCGUUCGCGCAGCCCGAGUACACGGUGUUCGUGAAGGAGAACAACCCGCCCGGCUGCCACAUCUUCACGGUGUCGGCGCGGGACGCGGACGCGCAGGAGAACGCGCGGGUGUCCUACUCGCUGGUGGAGCGGCGCGUGGGCGAGCGCGCACUGUCGAGCUACGUGUCGGUGCACGCGGAGAGCGGCAAGGUGUACGCGCUGCAGCCGCUGGACUACGAGGAGCUGGAGCUGCUGCAGUUCCAAGUGAGCGCGCGCGACGCGGGGGUGCCGCCGCUGGGCAGCAACGUGACGCUGCAGGUGUUCGUGCUGGACGAGAACGACAACGCGCCGGCGCUGCUGCCGCGGCCCGGCGCGGGCGGCGGGGGCGGCGCGCUGAGCGAGCUGGUGUCGCGGUCGGUGGGCGCGGGCCACGUGGUGGCGAAGGUGCGCGCGGUGGACGCGGAUUCCGGCUACAACGCGUGGCUGUCGUUCGAGCUGCAGCCGGCGGCGGGGGGCGCGCGCAGCCCGUUCCGCGUGGCGCUGUACACGGGCGAGAUCAGCACGACGCGCCCCCUGGACGAGGCGGACCCGCCGCGCCAGCGCCUGCUGGUGCUGGUCAAGGACCACGGCGAGCCGGCGCUGACGGCCACGGCCACCGUGCUGCUGUCGCUGGUGGAGAGCGGCCAGGCGCCAAAGGCGUCGUCGCGGGUGUUGGCGGGCGCCGCUGGCGCCGAGACGGCGCUGGUGGACGUCAACGUGUACCUGAUCAUCGCCAUCUGCGCGGUGUCCAGCCUGCUGGUGCUCACGCUGCUGCUGUACACGGCGCUGCGGUGCUCGGCUCCGCCCAGGGAGGGCGCGUGCGGGCCUGGGAAGCCCACGCUCGUGUGCUCCAGCGCGGUGGGGAGCUGGUCGUACUCGCAGCAGAGGCGGCAGAGGUGUGCUCUGGGGAGGGCGCUCCCAAGACCGACCUCAUGGCCUUCAGUCCUAGUCAUCCACCCUCUCUGGUAGUGGGGGAUAUGAGCGAGCAACAGGAUUUAAAUGAUGAGCAUUGUGCCAAGCCUCGACAGCCCAACCCUGACUGGCGUUACUCUGCCUCCCUCCGAGCAGGAAUGCACAG